GGGGAGGCGGUUUCCCUGCGCAGCCGGGCUGUGGCUCGCAGGCAGCCGCCGCAGCGCUCGCAGCAGCCGCCGGCCGGGAGCAGCCGCAGCUCCGGGAGCCUCGAGAUGCCGAAGAGGAAGGUGACGGUGGCGGACGGGGACGCCCCGGCCGAGCCCAAGCGGCGAUCGGCGCGUCUGUCCGCGAAACCCGCGCCGGCCAAAGCGGAGCCGAAGCCAAAAAAGUUGCCGGCAAAGGAUAAAUCUGAGGACAAGAAAGCUCAGAAGGGGAAAAAGGGGCCUAAAGGCAAACAGACAGAAGAGACGAACCAAGAGCAGACAAAGGACAACCUGCCUGCAGAAAAUGGGGAGGCCAAAACUGAGGAGCCCCCAGCACCUGACGCAGCUGCAGAGAAAGAAGUGAAGUCUGAGUAAACCCCCCCCCCCAAGCUGUAACUGGUGGCCCUCCAACCUUUCUUCUUGUACAAUUCAGAGGAAUAUUUUUAUCGACUAUUUUGUAAAUGCCAGUUUUUUAGUAGUUCUAGAAAAAACACGUUUUU